GUCAUCGUGAAACGGGUGGCGGAGGCAACAAAACAGGCUUGAUUGCUGGCUUGACAACCGGGCUGGGCGUGGCCGCAGUGGUUGUCGUGACGAUUGCCGGUCUUGUGUAUUACAAACGAAAACGACGUUCCCAGCAACAGCAACGAGGAGGAGGAUUAGAAAAUGGCAGUGUCGGUGGAAAGCCUCAGCAACAGCCUCAGCUACUACUGGAGCGAGUGCCCACGAUUGCUUACUACAUUGCCAAGCGAUACAACGUUCUGGCCCAAGGAGGCACCUCCACCAUCAUCGCCACAAUCGCCUGUGUUUAUGGGCAACACGCUCCAGAUCCCUCGACUCACGACAACGCCAAGCUCUCCCCCACCAAGCACCACGACUGCAUCUUCCAACACCAUCCGUCAAUCACUCAGUCUCGUGCCAUCCACAUCAACUACCCUCAAUAGCUCGCUCCUCCAACGUCCCUCGCCUACCAUCAACCGAUCCUCGUCUGUCAAAUUAACCAAAUACGACCAUCGACAUGCAUAUGCUCCAGCAAGGAUGGAGCGACGGCGGACAGCAGACAGUGACAACGGUGAUGAUGAUGAUGAUGAUGAGGACGAAGAAGAACUUGGCGAUGGCGUACAGCUACGUCGUGCAGUCUCUGUCAACAAAAAGCAAGGCUUGUCGCGAUCAGCCUCAUUGGGUGCCAGGACGACGACAGGUGAAAUGGUGCCCGUGGUCUACGCACGACCGACAAUGGUACGCAUCAAUACAAUUACUCGCAAAGAAGGCGGUAUCACACGAAAGGCGUCUGUUCGCACAGUCAUCUCGUCAUCACCAGUCGUCGAACAGGAACCGCCCGCACAGGCUAAUAACAACGACGACCCACGCCGGUUGCGGACAGAAAGUUGGAACUCACAACACAGCAUUGCCAACAGUGCGCACUCGUCUGUAGGCGAUGGUGAGAUCACAGUCUAUUGGGACUCACCGCCUAACAGGCAACAGCAGCCACCCCAGUAAUCCCUCCUUUACUUGCUCUUUCCUUUCCAUAUCAUAUAUUACUACCAUCAUCAUCAUCAUCAUCAUCAUUAAAUCUCAAUUACUUACAUACUCUCUCAUAAUAUCUUCUUUCUCCCUUCCUAACUUAUUUGCUGUUGUAGAUAAACCCGGCUUCCCUUCUCUUCUUCUUCUUGUCGAUAUAUAGUGUUUUUUUAAAAAAAAAAAUAGCGAUCAAAUUCUGUACUUUCCCCCUCCUCCCAACCUAGUAAUGUCCAAUCACAACCCAUAAUAAGGAUUAAAUAUGAACCUACUACCACAACCAUCCUGUGUAAUAAUUAUAUAGUUUUAAUUACAACUUGCUCCUUUUUCCCUUUUCACCCCAGAAAAGAAAUCUAAUGAGCAGAUUGUUGACAAUAUACAACUCUGCUAGGUACUAUCAAGUAGCCGGAUCAACCACAUAACUUUUUUACUUUAUACCUGCGUUUCACGAACCUUAGCC